UCGAUCCCAGGCAGGACCCAGCAUGGACACAAGGGCGCCCGCUCAGCUCCUGGGGCUCCUGCUGCUCUGGCUCCCAGGUGCCAGAGGUGCCAUCCAGAUGACCCAGUCUCCAUCCUCCCUGGCUGCAUCUGUGGGAGACACAGUCACCAUCACUUGUAAGGCCAGUGAGGACAUUGGUUAUGGGUUAAACUGGUAUCAGCAGAAACUAGGGAUAGCUCCUAAGCUCCUGAUCUAUGGGGCAAACACUUUAGAAUCUGGGGUCCCAUCGAGGUUCAGUGGCAGCGGAUCAGAGACCGAUUACACCCUCACCAUCAGCAGCGUGCAGGCUGAAGAUGCAGGAAUUUAUUACUGUCAGCAAGGAUAUAGUACCCCUCCCACAGUGCAACAGGCCCGAACAUAA